AGUGACCUGCUGGAGCUAUCGGGCUUAAUGCUGUACUUCAUGGCCGCCUGUCAACAGUUAUUCUUCUACUGCUGGUGCUGCGAGGAGCUCACUUACUUGGGUCUAGAAGUGGGCGACGCAGCAUACGACAGCGGCUGGGAGGACUGGGACGUUUCGUCCCAGAAAAGCAUCGUCAUCAUCAUAUGGCGUUCACAGAAGGCUUUCACCUUCAAAGGCGGCUGGUUCUAUACACUCAACGUCGCAACUUUCGUUGAUCUCAUCAAGCUGUCUUUCUCCUACUACACGGUUUUACGAAGUAUGAGAGAAGAAUGAGAAGAGGACGAAAUGAUCUAGAUUUUUUUUUGCUGAUGAAUAUGUGGUGCAUCACGCAUGCAUUUCGGAAACUCA